AUGGAGGCUGCGGGGCCGCCCCAGGCCAGGAGGUGCUGCCGGGAGGCCCUGGAGAAGCUCUUCCCACGCCUCUGCUUCCUCUGCUCCCUGGUGACCUAUGCGCUGGUGGGUGCCGCGAUCUUCUCGGCCAUUGAGGGCGGCCAGGACACAUUCCCAGGCUCUUUCCCUGGAGCAGAUGACAGGGAGUUUGAGGAGUUCUUGGAGAAGCUCUGCAGCAUCUUGAAAUGCAACAGAACAGUUGAGGAAGACGGGAAACGGGAUCUCAGGAAGCUGCUGCAGGAGGUGAAGCCCCACUGGUUCAGCGGCUCUGCAGACUGGUCCUUCCUGAGCUCACUCUUUUUCUGUUGCACGGUGCUCAGCACAGUGGGUUAUGGCCAUAUCUACCCCAUCACUAGGCUCGGCAAGUACUUGUUCAUGCUCUAUGCCCUCUUCGGCAUCCCCCUGAUGUUCCUGGUCCUCACGGACACAGGCGACAUCCUGGCAACCAUCUUCUCCACGUCUUACAAUCGGUUCCGAAAACUCGCGUUCCUUCCCGCUCCCCUUCGCACGUGGUGCUCCCGACUGCUCUGCAGGAGAAGGCCUGACGCCAAGCCCGCGGAUGAAGCUAUCCCAAGGAUCAUCAUCAGUGCUCAAGAGCCUUCGGGCCCCAAACCUGGCGGGUGUCCCUCAGCCCCAAGCGUCAACAUGGAGCUGUUUGAGAGACUUCUUGCACGAGAGAAACAGAACACACUGCUGCUGCCCCGGCCGGCCGUGGAGAGGAGCAACUCGUGUCCCGAGCUGGCAUCCAGGAGACUCUCAUACUCCAUCAUCAGCAACCUGGACGAGGUGGGGCAGCAGGUGGAGAGGUUGGAUGUCCCCCUCCCCGUCAUUGUCCUCAUUGUUUUCCUUUACAUUUCCUGUGCAGCCGCCAUCCUCCCCAUCUGGGAGAAGCAGCUGGACUUUGAGAACGCCUUCUAUUUCUGCUUCGUCACUCUGACCACCAUUGGGUUUGGGGAUACCGUUUUGGAGCACCCUCACUUCUUCUUGUUCUUCUCCAUUUAUAUCAUCGUUGGGAUGGAGAUUGUGUGCAUUGCUUUCAAGUUGGUGCAAAACAGGUUGAUUCACGUCUACAAAAAUUUCAUGGUGUUCUUUGCAAACGGGAAGUUUUAA